AUGUCAGAAAAACGUGACACCGAAUUAGAUUUUUCGGUUGAGGAGAAGGGGCAAUUGCCUUUAAAUUCAAACGAGCCUGAUUGCAUCGCAGAAGAAAAAAGAGAUCAAAGGAAUGUCGCCACUACAUCCAUACCACAAUUGACUUUGGAAAGGACGCUUUCCAUUAAAUAUCGCACCCUAUCCAUCCAGACUUCAGACAGCAUUCAAGCUAGAAAAAACAAGGCUCACAUAAAGAAAGAAAAGAAGACUUCGGUUUCUCCCGAUGAUGAAAUCGCGCACCUUGACUAUCACACCAUUUCUGUUGACGAGAUCUUGCAACGAUUUGAAAGCAACGAGAACCUGGGUCUGGACUCUAGGACAGCUACUUACCGUCUUCAGCGCGACGGUAGAAAUGUGAUCACCCCUCCGAAAAACAACAUUAUUCUCAAGAUCCUCAAUUAUUUGCUCGGCGGUUUCUGCAGCCUGCUUUGGUUCGCAGCCCUUAUCUGUAUAUUGUCAUACAAACCAUUGGGUGAACCGAAUCCAGCUCCGAUAAACCUUGCGUUGGGAAUCGUUCUGAUAAUCGUGGUAAUUAUUCAGGCCGCAUUUGGUGCCUACCAAGAUUGGUCAACAUCAAAGGUGAUGAACUCGAUUAAAAACAUGCUGCCUGCCGAAGCACUCGUCAUCCGUAACGGACAAGUCACAAAGAUAUUUGCAAGUGAUCUGGUCGUCGGGGACGUUGUUCAGAUAAACAUGGGCAAUAAAGUUCCGGCUGAUUUGCGUCUUGUGGAAGUGACCGGCGAUAUGAAAUUUGACCGAUCAAUAUUAACCGGAGAGAAUGAACCAGUCAGUGCUACUGUGGAAGCCACAGACGAGAACUACCUUGAAACACACAACAUUGCCUUGCUUGGCACUCACUGUACCAACGGAACCGGAAAGGCUGUUGUCAUUGCGACCGGUGACAAAACUGUGUUUGGCAAGAUCGCAAGGUUAUCAUCUUCUACCGAUUCGGAGACUACGAUUCUUCAAAAAGAAAUCAUUCGUUUUGUGUCGACCAUCGCAACGCUGUCUAUUGGCACUGGAUGUGUAAUUAUGAUCCUGUGGGCUGCAUGGUUGCGGACUACUUAUCCAACUUUCUUAAGCAUCUCCGGUAUCCUGGUGAAUGCUAUUGCGGUAAUUGUCGCAUUUGUGCCGGAGGGGAUGCCCGUGGCCGUCACGUUGUGCCUAACCUUGAUUGCCAAGCGUUCUUUUCGUCAAAAAAUUUUGUGCAAAACUCUGCCUGUUGUGGAGACUCUUGGAUGUGUAUCUGUGAUAUGCUCGGACAAAACCGGUACGCUGACGGAAAACCGAAUGUUUGUAAACAAUGUAGGCCUUGUCUCCAAAGAGAUGGAAAUCCAAGAAUGCAAGGAUGCAUUGAGAACCGAUGGUCCAGAAAAAAAAGUUGUCCGAAUUCUACAGCUAGCUUCCUGUUUAUGCAAUGCUGCAAUGUUUGAUCCCGCUUCAAUGUCACUCCCGGUCAACGAAAGAGCCGUGAACGGGGAUUCCACGGAUACAGGCCUACUUCGUUUUGCCGAGGAUCUGAGAGAAUCUACCACGGCCGAUCGCCUUGAGUUUAAAACCAUCUAUCAGGUCCCGUUUAAUUCCAAAAAUAAAUUUGCAAUCACGAUUCACCGUUCCAUCAACGAAAAUGCCGACAAUGACCUAGGAACAUCCGAACUCAUCUUAUUUUGCAAAGGUGCACCCGAAAUAUUAUUGGAAAAAUGUACUUUCUAUCUUCAUCCGGAUGGUAGCGAAAGGAUGCUUGACCAGGAAAGCAAAAACUUGGUUGUGGCCAUGCAAGAUUCGUGGUCACGGAAGGGACGUCGUGUACUUCUAUUGACCAAGAAGACCAUUCCCUCACAAGUAUUCCCGGGGAAGGCGGUUAAUGACAUUGAAAUGACAGACUUGGCAUUGUCCUUUAAUAAAAAUCUGUGUAUUAUCGGUUUGGUGGGAAUUGUUGAUCCUCCUCGCGCGGAAAUUCCCGAGGUCGUAAGAAAGUGCCGUAAGGCAGGUGUUAGGGUUUUCAUGGUCACAGGCGAUUUUACUUUAACCGCGGAGGCAAUAGCUCGACAAUGUGGAAUCCUCACCUCCAAUAAAGUGGAUAAUAUAAACGAAAUCAUUAAAUUGGGCAGGGUUGAAGAUAAUGCACGCGAUGGGGUAUCCGUACGCAAACGAAAUCUAGAUUCGGAAGAGGAUGACUAUCAGAUCAAUAUUAAUUCACUUGUUCUAAAUGGAAAAGACCUCUCCAGCGCGAAAUUAAGAGACGAACAUUGGGAUAUUAUUGCGAAUUAUUCUGAAAUUGUCUUUGCUAGGACGACUCCGGAACAAAAGUUGAAAAUUGUGACCGAACUUCAAAAGCGGGAUAAUAUCGUAGGGGUAACCGGCGAUGGUGUGAAUGACGCUCCAGCGUUGAAACAAGCGAAUAUAGGAAUUGCCAUGGGUUUGGGGUCCGACUUGGCCGUGGCAGCGGGAGAUAUGGUUCUGUUGGAUAAUAAUUUUGCGUCCGUUGUCGUGGCUAUGGAAAAUGGUCGACUCGUCUUUGAUAAUCUGAAGAAAGUCAUAGUUUAUCUUUUACCAGCCGGAUCCUGGUCUGAAUUAUGGCCUGUGUUGGUCAACGUCAUUUUCGGGGCUCCACUUCCAUUAUCAUCUUUCCUCAUGAUUGUCGUCUGUUGCAUAACCGAUAUUUUCCCGUCACUUUCCCUGACGCACGAGAAGGCGGAAUCAGACAUUAUGUCACGAAAACCGCGUAAAGCAUCCAGGGAACAUCUUGUAAAUUUCAAACUACUUCUUCAUGCUUAUGGAUUUGUGGGCAUAAUGGAGAUGAUUUUUGCACACACCAUGUUCUUCCUGUAUUUAUACAAAUACGGAGGGAUAAGAAUAAGCGACACCAUGUUUGUAUAUGAUCGCUGGAAAGAUGGAUACCUGGGAAAAUCAAUGGAUGAACUUAACGAGCUUAACUACGUGGGUCAAAGUGUAUACUUUAUCACGUUGGUAAUAAUGCAAUUUGGGAACCUCCUAGCGAGCCGAACGCGUCGUCGAUCGAUACUCCAAGCGAAUCCAUUUUAUGGACCAAAAAGAAAUCUAUAUCUAUUCGGUGCCAUGACUAUUUCUUUAAUGACCGCUUUGAUUAUACUUUACGUACCAUUCUUCAAUAAUGUUUUCUAUACAAGACCCAUACCGGCAGAAUUCUAUUUCAUCCCUCUCGGAUUUGCCGCGGUUAUUUUGACGAUGGACGAGAUAAGAAAAUUGACCGUGAGAACCUAUCCAAAGUCAAUAUUUGGCAUGCUAGCUUGGUGA